CGAAGAUAGUAACAGGUUAUGUCGGUGCAGUAAAAAUAUUCUUUUAAGGUGCCUUAAAAGUGGAAAGACUGGUGCGUGUCCUUUGAGUGCACAAGUGCAUAGGUGCAUCGCGUCAAGUACAUUUUUUACCAUUUUCGUGAAGGUUUCGAGCGCUUGAAAACACUCGCGAAGACGUAAAUUUAUGUCGGCGGGCGACCCGCAACGUUCCCUAUCCCGUGGCGUUCUGUGUUGUUUGUUUCGUAGCUAGGACGAGUGGCUCCAUCUUGCGUAAGCGACCGGAAUAUGACACUUUAUUAUGCAGGAUUUAAUGGAAGUCCUAUGUUCUCACACGGCGAUACUGUAAUAACGAUUACUGAAAAGUUUACAAAAAUUACGUUUCAAGGAAUUACAGGACUUGAAAUCGGCUGGAAUUAUUUUCUCUUGUGGCGAGAUACGAAUUUGUAUAUUACGGAAAUGGCUUCCGGUGAUGACUCUAGCACGAAAAAGGAACUGCAAUUGUUAGAGAUACCAGAAGACUCGUCCUGGUGUAAACGCGCUGUGGCCGGAAAGGAAUACGUUGUUAUAUUAUCCUCAAGGAACGACGUUUGGCGAUAUAAUAUUUAUGAACGACUAUGGCGGAAAGUGCAAAAUUUUAUUCCAACGAAUGAAGAUUCAGAGCCUGAAUAUACUAUUGAAAUAUCGCAUGGCGGUUCUACGGUAGUGGCGCUUACCAAUUUAGUUAUUUAUGUUUUAGGACGCAUUUUUAAUAUUCCAAUGUUGGCCAAUGUACCGAAGAGAGUUAAAUUUGUUGAUGUUGCUUGUGGAUUUGAUCAUACGAUUCUAUUAACGGAUAAUGGCGAAAUCUACUCAAUGGGAAUGGGCACAAGAGGUCAACUGGGUCAUGGUGAUCUUGAAGAUUGUGACAAUCCAAAAAUCAUAGAGGCUUUGGCUGGUCUUAAAGUAGUACAAAUAUCAGCAGCUGGUUGGCACAGCGCUGUAGUCACAGAUCAGGGCGAUCUUUAUACAUGGGGUUGGAAUACAAUUGGAGAACUUGGAAUUGAUACUGAAGAUACCAAAAUCUUUGCAACCCCUACAAUAGUCGAUUUUAAGGACGGACUGGGUGAGAUUUUGGAUUCGACUGUCAAAAAGGUUCAGUGUGGGAAUGUAUUCACGAUCUGUCUAUUAGAUAAUGGAUCACUUUGGGGCGCUGGAUCAAACAAAUAUGGACAGUUAGGACAGUCAAGAAACGAAUUAAUAAGUUCAAAAAUAUUUGUAAAAUUGAAAAUUGAUUUCGAUGAAAAGUCUGUGAGAGAUAUCAAAUGUCACGAGUGGGGAUCCCUUGUCAGCACGGAUUGAAUGUUAUAUGAGGUGUCAAAAAUGUAAUAAUCAAAUGGGAUUCCAGAACAUA